GUACUGCCACCUGAUACAAAUGGCAAACAGCUGUUUAAAUAAUCAUACGCGUAAACAAAACGAUUUUGACUGAAUAGUAAACAAGGAAAUUAAAUGAUUUUUGAGAGGAGUGCAAUAAAUUACUGUUGGGAAACUAGACACCCACAACGAGCGUUACCUAUAUAAAGUGUUAUUUUCGUUAGCAAUUUGACCCCCUUUGCGACGCCCAUUUUUUGUUGUUCUGUGCCUUACAAAUUGGCCGUAAAAACUGACCAAAAUGAUAAAUUACUAGACUUGCCAAAGAGUCUUAAGUACAAGCCGGAGUGUGCCGCAAAAUAGUUGCGCAGCCGGACGACCGACCUUUGAACUUCUUACGAAUCUGCCGCUAUUGAUUGCAACCACCUGUUGGGACACAACACACCUACCGCCAAACAAAAACACUCAGCCACGUAGUCUUGAGUCAGUCGGUGAAAUAUGCUACAUCGAACCGCUAGAAUGUGGACGCUGUGCGUGCAGACGGCUUUGAUAGCCACCUUGGUGAGGGGAUCCAUUUCCCAGAAGGAUAAUCUCGUGGGAAGAACACAGAUAUCCUACAAUCCCAGCGAGCUCUCCGAGUCCAGAUUCCUGGAAUACAGCAAUCUAUCCGAUAAGCUUCACCUAAGGGAAGCCAUUGACAAAAUCCUUAUACCUCGAGUUGUGGGCACAACAAAUCAUAGCAUCGUGCGCGAAUACAUCGUCCAGAGUUUGAGGGAUCUAGACUGGGAUGUGGAAGUGAACAGCUUUCAUGAUCACGCUCCCAUCAAAGGCAAAUUGCAUUUCCACAACAUCAUCGCCACCCUGAAUCCAAAUGCUGAGAGAUAUCUGGUGCUGUCCUGCCAUUAUGAUAGCAAGUACAUGCCUGGAGUGAAAUUCCUGGGGGCCACCGACUCAGCAGUGCCCUGUGCCAUGCUUCUCAACCUGGCCCAGGUGCUUCAGGAGCAGCUGAAACCCCUCAAGAAGAGCAAACUGAGUUUGAUGCUCUUGUUCUUCGAUGGCGAGGAGGCUUUCGAGGAGUGGGGACCCAAGGACUCCAUCUAUGGAGCACGACACCUGGCCAAAAAGUGGCACCAUGAAGGAAAACUGGAUAGAAUAGAUAUGCUGGUGCUCCUGGAUCUGUUGGGAGCCCCCGAUCCAGCAUUCUACAGCUUCUUCGAGAACACCGAGUCCUGGUACAUGCGUAUCCAGUCUGUGGAGACACGUCUUGCCAAGUUGCAGCUCCUGGAGCGAUAUGCUAGCAGCGGAGUUGCCCAGCGCGAUCCCACUCGCUACUUCCAGUCGCAGGCCAUGCGAUCCUCUUUCAUCGAGGACGAUCACAUACCCUUCCUGCGGCGAAAUGUGCCGGUCUUGCACCUCAUUCCGGUGCCCUUUCCCAGUGUAUGGCAUACGCCCGACGAUAACGCCAGCGUGAUCGAUUAUGCGACGACGGACAACCUGGCACUGAUUAUACGGCUCUUCGCUUUGGAGUAUCUGCUGGGCGGAGCCGAGGCGAAGUAGUCAAGUGGGCUGCCGUGUGAAUCACAAAUGACAAAUGUUAUAUCUACUUACGGCCUUAUCUAAUUGACCUGCUCCACUAUCGGAGCAUUGUUGAAUGUUCUUAUGCCCUUUAAAACUAAUUAGAAAGAUCUGCAAUACGCGUGCUCCAAAUAUUUUUAUACACAUGUAUUUAUAGAAAAUGCUUAGCUAAUGACACGUCACGUUUAUAUAUUUUUUGUAAUCUUUCGGUUGUAAAUUGUUUCACUUAUGUACAUAUUCAGUUCAACAUAUACAAAGUAAAUGUACCUUAAAACAAA